AUGUUUUACAAUCAUGAUGUUGGCUCCAUAUUUGCCAUUUCAGAUGACUCUACCACAGCUUCCCCGUCGGGAAACACAGCGGGGCGUGGCACAUUAACUUCUGACAAACUAUACACAAAAAUACCUGGGAUAGAAGUUUUAGCAUCGAAGACCAAUGUCGAUGUGACCCCAUUGGUCCCUUUAUCGGCUAAAUCGCAAUUUAUCCCGGACAGGGUAAGCGAUAGCAACGACUAUGACUUUAUGACUUAA